AUGGCCACAACUCUUGUUGGAACUGUAGUUUUCAUAGUGAUCAUUCAAGAAAAGUUACGUAGUGACCAAAUAUAUACUAAGGUAGACUCGACCUGCCAGGUGAACCAGGUGCCUUUUCCCUGUAUCAGCAUCUGCAACAUGAACAUGGUCUCCGUGAGAGAGACCGCCAAUAUCGCUAACCUUUUUUCUCUCCUGCCGCACGAUGACACGCUGGAGUACUACGACGGCGACGAAGAAUCUGACCACGUUUCGGGCACCAUCAUUGCUACGUCAGAGUCUGGCAGGUCAUCGGGUCUUACCGUCGUGUUCAACGUCGAACCCGACGAUUAUCCCAGCUGGUCCCGUGCCAUCAACUACGGUGCGCUGAUUAUUGUAAAUGAUCCAAAUGACUACCCGGAAACGUCUGCACGGGAUACGUUUGUGAUUAUAGCUACCCUAAAAGCAAAUCCUCCCGCUCCAGGCACAUCCGUGGACAUAAAGGUGGAGCCAAAAGUGUACCAGAGCGAGGCUGGUGUACGACGCGUAUCGCCUGCGCACCGCGCCUGCUGGUUCCAUGAUGAGGUGGCGCUGGAACAUACGGACCGAUACAGCUACGAGACCUGCGUCACUGAGUGCGUGAUGGCCAACUUCAUCGCCGAAUGUGGCUGCACGCCCUACAAGUACCCGCGAGACGAGACCUGCGUCACAGAGUGCGUGGCCAAACUUCAUAUGUGGCUGCACGCCCUACAAAUAUAUUAUAUAAAUCUGACAGAUUGCUAUAGUAAACAAAUAUCUCAUUUUAUAAAAAUAUUUUCCAUGACAAUAUCCAGGGAGGAAAAUAGGGACUACAUUUGUAUGGAGAAGCGAUCAUACAACUGUCCUCUUAAUUGGUAUGUAUUUACAGUACAUGGUAAAAGACUACCCUGCGACCCGCCUUGCUAUGUUGAGUGCCGCGAUAAGCGCUACUCUAUAAGUAAAAAUACCGUUCCGUUCCAUGCUUCGGACUACCCUAAACUCGACACGAAAGCUGUGAACGUAGCCCACCUCGCGGCAAUCAAAGUAUAUUUUGGCAAGUCCUCGUGCAGCUGCUACAAGCUGUCGUUGCUGAUGGACGUCAACUACUUCAUCGCUACUUAUGGAGGCGUACUCGGCUUGAGUUUUGGAGUAUCAUUAGUUACUGCAGCAGAAUUCGUUUAUAUAUUAGUUAUUAACAUCUAUGAAAGAAUAUCUCUUAUCAGAGAAAGGGGAAAGCUACGCAACAUGACCAAAGUUUUCCCCAAACGCAGCACAUAAAGUGUUUAAACUCACUAUGGCAAUGCAAGUUUUGCUUUCUGCUGUGUCCUUUCUUUUAAUAAUUGGAUACUUUUCAUUAGGUUUUCCCGUUUUAUCAAAAUUACCGCUACAAAGAAAGAAAAAAAUAUAGUUGAAAUGUAAAUAUGUGUUUUUAGGGUUCCGUAGCCAAAUGGCAAAAAACGGAACCCUUAUAGGGAGAGUGCAUGAACUGUAGGAGGCAGCACAGGAGCCGUCAGAUUUUUGGCGCGAGGCGUAAAUGUGAUGUUUAUUGUUUCGAUGUAGCCCACAAGAUGGCAGAACCUACUAUGCACAAGAAAGCACGUGACAUGUAAAUGUACAUGUUUAUGGUUCCGAUUCAGGCCACAAGAUGGCAGACCCUCCAACGCGCACGGUCCCUAUAGAUUCGUAAUGUCCGUCUGUCUGUCCGAUUACGUCACAGCCACUUUUUUGUAGUUGCGUAGGCUGCGUUUCCAUUUCCACCAAAGAUGUGCGAAGAUGCGUAGCGAGGGAUAUUUUUAGAACCUAUAGAAUCUCUGCACGCUGAGCGAGGAAUA